AUGGCUCUCCGCGAAUUCCUCUCGUCUAUCGGCGAGGAGGUGCUUGAUGCCGAGGAAGAAUCCUUCUUCCUGUUCAGCCUCGACAUCCCCUCCAACAACCUGGGGUUCUGCGACUCGCGCGCCUCCACCGUCGACCUCACCAUCCACGGCCGCGACUACACAAUCCACCAGUCGCCUACUCUAUUAUCGUCGAAGAGGGAGGGCGGCACCACGGGGGCUGUCCUCUGGAAAAUAACCCCCCUCUUCGCCGAAUGGAUAUCGUCAACCUCCAAUCCAUUCUGGCGGCCGCCAAACCACAUCCUGCCUUCGUCCGCGACAGUCAUCGAGCUAGGCUGCGGCAUCUCCGGGCUUGUAGCCCUGACGCUCGCUCCCCUGGUUGGAAAGUAUGUUGCCACUGAUCAGGAAUAUGUCCGGAAACUGUUCCGGCAGAACAUUGACGAGAACGCUGCCUCUUCGUCGGCGCCCAUAUCCAAUCGGAAAAAGAAGGGCAGCAGCGGCAGCAAAAAACCAUCCCGCUCUAGCAAGAACAAGGCCAGUAAUGCUGACGAUAAUAAGAAUAACAAUAUAAAAUUCAUCCCGUUAGACUGGGAACUCGACAUCCCUAGUAACGACGUCUUACACGGUGAAGAUGAUAAUAGAACCACUACGAGAACAGCAACAACCACCAACGGCUUUGACCUCCUCAUUUCCUGCGACUGCAUCUACAACGAAGCCCUCAUCCCAUCCUUGGUGCGCACAUGCGCUGAUAUAUGUGCAUUGAGAGCUUCUUCAUCUUCUCUGUUCACCUCUCGCUCAAACAAAGACGACCAAGAGGUAGAAGAAUCAGGACGAUCAGGAGUCGACGAACAUGAACAUGAAAAUGAUGAUUAUGAUUAUGAUUAUGAUAAUGAUAAUCAAAAACAAGAGACAACCCCGACGAUUGCCAUUAUCGCGCAACAGCAGCGGUCUCCAGAUGUGUUUGAGUCGUGGCUGAGGGAGUCGAUGCGGUUUUUCCGCGUUUGGAGACUUGAUACUCGCGUUCUUGCAACAGAGAAUCAAACGGGGUUAGGCGAGGGGAGUGGUUAUGUGGUUCAUGCGCUUGUAUUGAAGGGCGAGGUUACUUGA